GCAAAGUUGUAGUUGCAAGUCUAUUUUCGUUCCUCUUCGAACUUCACGAGCAAUUAAAUUUACCAAAUUGUUUUUGUGUCAUGGUAGGAAACAAAAAAAGUCGGAAUAAUAACAAUAAAUAUUAUUGUUUGAAAUAAUCACACGCUUAAAAAAGUGACAGAUGUGUCAAGUGAUUUAGAGUAGUUUUGCAGUUAUUGUAUGUGCAUAUAUCCCACCAACCAUUUUGUGUAACCUAUCGCUAAGCAGAAUGAUUGACGUAUGACACAUUCUUUACAACUUGACUCAUCCCUUACUAAAGUAUUUUGAUUCAACCGACUAUUUUCACACUGACAAUCAUAAAGGAAACGUUAGAAUUUUUAAAAUAUCGCUGAUGAAUUUAUCAUUUUAAAUGAAAACAGAUCAUUGCAAAAACAUAUCUGUUAAUACUAUGGUCAUUAUAAUAUAAUUAUUUUCGAGAUACUCAUUGUUCAGAGCUUAAUAAAAUUUCUCUUGUGUCAAUAAUUUAUUUAUAAAAACAACAAAAUUUUUUAAAAUGGCUUGGAGUCAUUACCAAAAAUUUUUAGCUGUGAUGAUGGUAAUAACUGGAUCUUUCAAUACAUUAUCAGUAAAAUAUGCUGAUCAACAAAUAGUACCAGGAUCAGAUGGACAGCCAAGACAUUUUAAUCAUCCUUUUAUGCAGUCUUUAUUUAUGUUUAUUGGAGAACUUAUGUGUUUAAUAGUAUUUAAAAUAGCAUUUUGUUACUAUUCUCGAUUGCAGAAUGGAUCAGAAAAUCGGAGCAGUUUAACUAAAGGAUCUCAAGCUUUUAAUCCUGUAGUACUUUUUAUUCCUGCUGCUUGUGAUAUGAUUGCAACUUCAGUUAUGUAUAUUGGUUUAAACAUGACAUACGCUAGUAGUUUCCAAAUGUUACGAGGAGCUGUAAUUGUCUUUACUGGCCUAUUGUCCGUAGGAUUUCUUAAUAAAAAACUCAUAUUGAGAGAAUGGCUUGGAAUUUUAUUUGUCAUUUUGGGUUUAUUAUUAGUAGGCCUCAGUGACUUUCUCACUAUGAGUGAUCAAAAAGUGAAUAAAAAUGGUGUUUUAACUGGUGAUUUACUGAUAAUAUCAGCUCAGAUAAUUACUGCCAUUCAAAUGGUUGUUGAAGAAAAGUAUAUUGCAGGACAAGAUAUACCUGCUUUACAGGCCGUUGGUUGGGAAGGAGUAUUUGGAUGUAUUGGAAUGUGCUUUAUAAUGAUACCAUGCAAUUUCAUUUAUGCUCCACCUCCAUUUGCUGAUAACUCAAGUAAUACCAUAGAAGCUUCAAUCGAUGCAUUGGUUCAAAUAAGUAGAAGUGGUCAUCUUUUAAUGGCAAUGAUAGGUAUCACGAUAAGUAUCGCAUUCUUCAAUUUUGCUGGGAUAAGUGUUACAAAAGAACUAAAUGCAACUACUAGGAUGAUAUUGGAUAGUAUAAGAACUCUGGUUAUAUGGACAAUUUCCUUGGCCGUUGGUUGGCAGAAAUUCCAUUAUUUGCAGCUUAUUGGGUUCACGACUUUAUUCAUUGGAAUGGCUUGCUAUAACAACGUAAUAAUCCCUCAGAUUAUAAGUUAUAGAUCUCAAUUGCGUUUCAAUGUUACACGACGUGGAGAUGAACGCAUUCUCAAUACUCCAGCAGAUGAUGUGGAAGAUGUGCACUCAGCUUGAUCAAUUUAUUAUUCUUUUAAUUACAAUAAAAAAAAUAACUUAGGAAUGAAA